AUGUUAAAAUCAAAGUUAAAGAGUGGUGAUAUAGUAAGGGUCAUCACUGGAAAAUAUCAAGGAACAAUUGAUUAUAUUUCCAAAAUUGACCCUGAAAACCAAGUAGUUUAUUUGAAAAAGGCGAAUAAGAAAAAAUAUGAUAAAUUGACUCCUGAAAAUAAGAGGAAAAGUGAGCUAAAGGAAAUUAUGGAAAUUAAAGGAUUAGUAGAAAAGAAAUUUCAGCAUACUUCUCUGAUGCAAGUUACUGAUAUUGAAAAAAUUGUUUUAAACUCUGGAAUUGGGCAAGCAGUCAGUAAUAAACAAUUUUUAGACAAUACCGAAAAAGCCUUGAUUCAGAUUGCUGGCAGACAAAAACCAAUCUUAACCUAUGCUCGUAAUUCAAUUACUACUUUUAAAUUGCGGGAAGGGAUGCUGAUUGGUUGUAUAUCAGCCAAGAAAUUUGAUCAAAUGGGUAAUUAUAACGUUGGCAUAGAUGAUUUAAAUAUUUUUCCUACUGUUCCUUAUGACUUAACUUUUAAAAAUCAAGGAUUGCAAAUUACUAUUGCUUUCCUUUUAAAAAGAAAGAAUAGUUUUGUUUUAAUUUGUUUUAUGGAUAAUUCCCAAGUAUCAUCAAACAGAUAUAAAAAAUCAGCAUGA